AUGGUUCUCAUCACUGUGGAGUGGUUCUCUGGCACUGUAGUUGGAGUGGUAAACAUCACCAAGCGGGUACAUCAUCAAGCGGGUACAACAAGCGGGUACAUCACCAAGCGGGUACAAUACCAAGCGGGUAAAUCACCAAGCGGGUACAACAAGCGGGUACAUCACCAAGCGGGUACAACACCAAGCGGGUACAUCACCAAGCGGGUACAACAAGCGGGUACAUCACCAAGCGGGUACAUCACCAAGCUAGUACAACACCAAGCGGGUACAUCACCAAGCGGGUACAUCACCAAGCGGGUACAACACCAAGCGGGUACAUCACCAAGCGGGUACAACAUCAAGCGGGUACAUCAUCAAGCGGGUACAUCACCAAGCGGGUACAUCACCAAGCGGGUACAACACCAAGCGGGUACAUCACCAAGCGGGUACAACAUCAAGCGGGUACAUCACCAAGCGGGUACAACACCAAGCGGGUACAUCAUCAAGCGGGUACAACAUCAAGCGGGUACAACAUCAAGCGGGUACAUCACCAAGCGGGUACAUCACCAAGCGGGUACAUCACCAAGCGGGUACAGCAUCAAGCGGGUACAACACCAAGCGGGUACAUCACCAAGCGGGUACAUCACCAAGCGGGUACAUCAUCAAGCGGGUACAUCACCAAGCGGGUACAUCACCAAGCGGGUACAACAAGCUGGUACAACAAGCGGGUACAACACCAAGCGGUUACAACACCAAGCGGGUACAACACCAAGCGGGUACAUCACCAAGCGGGUACAGCACCAAGCGAGUACAACACCAGGCGGGUACAACACCAAGCGGGUACAUCACCAAGCGGAUACAGCACCAAGCGGGUACAACACCAAGCGGGUACAACACCAGGCGGGUACAACAACAAGCGGGUACAACACCAAGCGGGUACAUCACCAAGCGGGUACAACACCAAGCGGGUACAACACCAAGCGGGUACAACACCAAGCGGGUACAACACCAAGCGGGUACAACACCAAGCGGGUACAACAAGCGGGUACAACACCAAGCGGGUACAUCACCAAGCGGGUACAAAACCAAGCGGGUACAUCACCAAGCGGGUACAAAACCAAGCGGGUACAACACCAAGCGGGUACAACAGCAAGCGGGUACAACACCAAGCGGGUACAACAAGCGGGUACAACAAGCGGGUACAACAAGCGGGUACAACAUCAAGCGGGUACAACACCAAGCGGGUACAACAAGCGGGUACAUCACCAAGCGGGCACAACACCAAGCGGGUACAUCACCAAGCGGGUACAACAAGCGGGUACAACAUUAAGCGCUUCACCACUAAGCUUCGUGAAAAUAGUAUAG